CUCAGGGCCAGUCGGAACUCUCCGGCCCGGCUGGGGUCCAUGCUGAGCUGGAGGCGCAGAGCCUCGCUGUCUGCUCCGGGGAGGCACAAGGGACGGAUACCGGAGUGGGACACCGAGACGCGUACAGACAUUAAGACCGUACUGCAGCAAGCUGAGGCCGUGAGCCCAUCGCAGGCACCAGGCUGGGACGAUCCGAGGAGCGGGACCUGCGGAGCCCAGCCGCCCGAGCUGAGUGCCAUGUCGCCGGGGGUUGUGUGGGCUCGAAAGCCCCUUAGGAGAAGUGCGUCAACGGCUUGGGCUGUGUUUAUAAGGUCCACCGUUGGCGGGUGAAAGCGCGUGUCUUCGCGGGGUGGUUCUUGUUGUCUACCUGCCUGGAUAAUGGCUCCAUUUUCAACGAGAAUCGAGCCAACAGUUAAUAAGGAGAGAGGAAACAAAACAGGAAGUGGACCAGUACGUCGAAGAUUGCUCUCCGUCAAGAAACAACAAGAUCAACAUCAAUGUGAAAAACAUGAGGGAAACCGAGAUGACGGCCCUGGAGAGACGAGCGCAUCUCAUCAAGGAGAUGCUCAGGCAGGGAGUGAAGAAGCCCUAUAAAUAUGUGAUAAAUGUCUCCUGGGGUGACCCACACAGCACAGGAGUGAAGCCUCUCACCUUUGUCAGACAGGUUCUCGCUGCUUGUUUUUACCCUCAACUUAUGGACGGCAACAAACUGCCAGUGGAUGUCAAACAGCGAGCACGGAAGCUGCUGCACUGGUGUGAGGGUGGCUGCGUAGGCUCAUACACACACACACCAGGAUUAACGGAAGUAAUCCACAGCAUCGCUCACUUCAUAACCCAAAGAGAUGGUGGUGUUCCAGCUGAUCCUGAGAACAUAUGGAUCCAUUCUGGCUCCCAGUGGUCACUCACGAACAUGCUCAGGGUGUUGAUAAAUAGUGACGGGUCACCCAGGAGUGGCGUGUUGAUGCCAGUGCCAUGUUACAGCACGUCACAUGUGUCUGUGGAGGCUCUUGGGGGAGUGGUGGUCCCUUAUUUCCUGGAUGAGGAGCACGGAUGGGAGCUCCAGAUAGAGGAGCUGCAUCGAGCGUUGGAGUCCGCCGAAGGGGUCUGCAAGCCUGUCGCUUUGUAUAUCAUGAACCCGGGAAAUCCCACAGGUCACAUCCAGAGCAGGAAAUCCAUGGAAGAGGUCCUCAGGUUCGUCUGGGAAAAGAAGCUUUUCCUUCUUGCAGAUGAGGUCUAUCAGGGCUGUGUCUAUGGAGAAAAGACUCCGUUUGUCUCCUAUAAGAAGGUUUUAUCCAACAUGGGGCCUCCUCUUUCUGACAUGCUGGAGCUGGCCUCUUUCCACUCGGCCUCCAAAGGCUUUCUGGGAGAGUGUGGUCUUCGUGGAGGAUAUGUGGAGCUUGUAAACAUAGAGCCUGAUGUCCUGAAACACAUCUACAUGCUGUUCCAUAUGGACGCCUGUCCUCCAGUAGCGGGUCAGAUUGCUCUGGAGCUGAUGGCGGACCCGCCCAAGCCAGGAGAGCCCUCCUAUACUCUGUACACGAAUGAGAUCAGACACAUACAAAGCACACUGCUUCAUAAUGUGAAAAAAGUGGAGAAGGUUCUAAACCGGUUGCCAGGUUUCAGUUGCCAGCCGGUGGAAGGAGGAGCGUUUGCUUUCCCCAGACUGCAUCUACCACCAAAAGCCAUCCAGAAAGCCAAGGAAGAGGGGAUGAAGCCUGACACAUUCUACUGUUUGAGACUGCUGGAGGACGAGGGCGUGUUUGUUAGCCCUGGCUGUGAGUACGGUCAAAAGGAAGGCACCUAUCACAUCAGAUUUUGCAUCAUGACGACUGUUGACACCAUGAAGGAACUUCUGCGACGCCUGAGCAGCUUUCACUUACAGUUCAUGAAGGACUUUUCCUGAAUCAAACUUUUUGGAAAACCAGAUUGCUAAUAAUACUGUUUUUUUAAAUCUACACUGACACACUCUCAGAGGAGGUAUUAAUACAUUACAUAUAGCAUACAGCUAUUGUGUUAGCGCAGGGGUCGGGAACAUUUUUGGCUAAGAGAGCCACGAAAGCUACAUAUUUUAACAUUUAUUUCAUAGAGAGAAA